CACUAAACAGCUGUUCGAAUUUCGGCGGCAUUUCAUUUUUAUUGCUAAUUGUAAUUUCUUAACAGAAACAUGGUAAAAACUAAAAGCAACAAAAAGAAAUUUGGCAUGCAUCCACGUAACGUGUUACGCACGCAGCCCGACUACACAAAACUGGCUAUCAAAUACAAGGAUUUUCGAGAGCAGUGCCAAUUGGAGCUGAAUGGCAAAGUCUCCGUGAACUUUCGCAACGAAAAGACGCUGCGUGAGCUGACCAAAAUGCUGUUAAAGGAAUACUACGAUUUAGAUGUGGAUUUUGCACCCGGAAGCUUGGUGCCCACUCUGGCACUCCGUUUGAAUUACAUUUUGUGGCUGGAGGAUCUAAUGGAACCUCUUAGUUUGCAGGACAUACGGGGUAUAGACAUAGGUUGCGGUUCCUCCUGCAUUUAUUCGCUUCUAGGAGCCAAGAAAAAUGGCUGGCACAUGUUGGCUUUGGAAUCGAAACCCCAAAACAUAGAGUACGCCAUCGAGAAUGUAAAGAAAAAUCACCUGGAAAGCCUUGUAGAAGUCUAUGCCCAGCCAGACAAGACGAACAUCUUUAAGAGCUAUUUUGAGCAGGAUCAGCCAAAGUUGCAGUAUCAGUUUUGCCUGUGCAAUCCACCUUUCUUCGACUCAAACUUACCAAAUCCCUUCGGCGGCAAUACCAGGAAUCCCGAGCGACGACCAGCACCCAAUAAUGCCAGAACUGGCAGCCAGGAGGAACUCACCUGCGUGGGCGGCGAGGUACAGUUUGUGCAACGCAUCAUUGACGAGAGUCUGGAAAACAAGGAGCGCGUGCGAAUCUUCACCACGAUGCUGGGCGUCAAGGCCAACGUUCCAAGAAUACUGGAUUACCUGCAGAAGCUGCAGGUGGCGAAUGUCACCACCACAGAAUUCCAUCAAGGACACACGACUCGGUGGGCGGUGGCCUGGAGCUUCCACGCGGAGCCACUAAGGCAGGCAACAUCAUAAAAUUAAGUUACCAUUAGCUUUUGUAGAGUAUCUUCCAGUUGGUACCUAGAAAGCUUUUGCCUUAAAUGGAAAUUUGCAUGUCAACGCUCACUUUGCCACCCAGAUCCACGAACGAAAAUUGUCGUUUCGCUUUUAUCAUUGACCACAGCUGACCACACACUUCGACGGAAAAAGGCAAACGGAGUCAGAAUGGCAACCGAAAUGGAGGCAAACACGCUCACUAAGCACACCGACAAUUCCACACCUUUGAGCCGGGGAAUUCGGGCGCUUCGCUUGACCACCAUGUGGAAUGGCGAACAGCUCAUUUUAAUUGCUGCACGGGCACGUUCCUCGUAAGCCAAUUAUUCGACAUGAAAAUACCUUGCAGAUAAGGCAUAUUUAAGCAGAAAUCAAAUUGUGGUGACAGUACUUAAGUUGAAAGUGUACAACAUGCCCAUAUUCUCUUGAACAUGUUAAUUUACUUAAUAUGAUUAUAACACGUAUUCUAUUAUAACAUUCAA